AUGAGUUCAUCUUCAGAGAUAAAUCAUGGGGGAGAAAUUCGUGGAUUCCCAGUGAAGUGUGAGUGUGGUUUACGCGUAAAGCCUUACCUAUCGAAGACACAAGAGAAUCCAGGAAGACCUUUCUACCGUUGCAUAACCAAAAAAGAUGGACAUUUAUUCAAGUGGGUUGAGGAUGCUGUGUGUGAAGAGGUUGAAGAUGCUAUUCCAAAAAUCGAAAUCAUUGGCAGGAAGCUUACUAAUACCAUAACUGAGGUAGAUGAGUUAAAGACUUUGAUUAAAGAUUUGAAAGAAGGUGUAGCAAGGAGCGAGAUGGAAAUAAAGAAGUGGAAAGCGUUGAUGAUGUUGUGCUUUGUGUGUGUUUGCUUUGUGGUCAUUUGCAUUGCUUUCUUAAUGUUUGGUAAAGCUAUGAAAAGCAAGUCUGCAUUUACUUCCAUCUCCUUCAUCUCUCGCAGCUUCUUCAUCCAUGUUUUCUUCAUCAGCUUCCUCUUCGAGGUGUUCCUCUUCCUCAUUAUGUGUUUGAUCAUCUUCAUUCUCUUCAUCAGCACCAUCUUCAAGACCAUUAAAAUCAUCAUCGCCAAACACAGCACAAUCGUCUUCACUUACAUCAUCUUCUUCCCCACGAUUCUCUUCUCUACAAGCCUCUGCUCGGGCCUUAGCUUCACGAAGCCUAGCUUCACGAGCCCUUUCGUCAGUCGCCUCUACUUCACAAGCCCCUGCUCGAGCCUUAGCUUCACGAGCCCUUUCGUCAGUCGCCUCUACUUCACAAGCCUCAUCCACUUCAUGAGUCCUUUCUUCACGAUUCUCUACUUCGCUCGCCUCUAG